AUGGAGUGCAUGAACGAGAACGCUGCAUUUCCUCUCGACUUUACCUACGUACUUGUGGAAUGCAGUAGAUUAGUCUGCGGCUUCAUGAGCAGUGCAGGAGGCGGGAGCAGACCUAAUUUUCCAACCUGUCGUACUCGUCGCCAUCAACGACAGGAGGAGUUUGGGACAGCUGUUGCGUCUACGACAUUCUCGCUCGCGGGGGGGAUGCCGCUUCCGCUUCGACGAGAUGAGCAUGGGAUGCCGAUCUCAAGUGUAGCGCCCGUGGGCACGUCGGAUGCGAGUAGGGAGUCGAUGGAUGAGAGGGGUUUGUUGAUGGAGGCGGUGGUGGUGUUGGUGAGCGUUGAUGAUUUUUUAGUUGGGUGUAGGGGUGGUGGCGAGUGUGUAUGUGAAUGUGGAUGGGCAUGUGCAUGUGGGGAAGGGGAGGGGGAAGAAGAGGAUGGUGGAUGUGAAAGGGAUGAUGAGGAUGGUGGAUGUGUGAGUGAAGAAGCAAGUGGCAUCAAGGACGGGAGCAAAGGCGACGCCUUCAGUUUCGGCGAGUCGACAGAGAGAGGGAGCGGCGGGAGCGGUGGGGAAGUCGGCAACCCCUUUGCCUGCAGUUGCAUCUCCUUCGAGCGCGGCCUACCUUCAUCCACAACACCAGCACCAGCAGUCACAUCCUUCUCCUUAUCUUUAUCUCUAUCAGACGAAGCAGAAGCAGCACCCGAAACGACCGACAAAAGUCCAGACGACUUGACCGUACGGAUCGUAUCACUCGAUCCCUUCCUGCGAAGCGUCGCAACACUCGAACUCGACGCCGAGCUACUCGUCUUUUUAUGCUCGUUACCCGACCCCGACCCUGUUCCUGUUCCUGUCCUCUGCUUUUACCUCUACUGCUACCAACAACGAAAUUCCAGAGUGGCAGAGCAGCGAGAUGGGAGUGGACGCGUCAAUGUUGCACUCAGCGGCGGUCCUUGA